AUGAGGCCUAGAUUCGUCGGAGAUGAGUCUGCCCGAGAGGUUGUCGAAUCCUGGUACAAGUCGAUAUCAAGAGUAAAACCCGACAUAUGGGUACUACUGAACAUACGCGAACUCGAAUGCAUCAUCCAUGGUGACGCCUUCUCUGUCGGUCUGGAUGCCACGACCGUUGUUCGAGAGUUGACGCUCAAGCUAUUGACUGACAGAGUCAUACGGAAGAAAGACGACGAAACCAGCGAAUCAAACCGAACGAUCAACGCGCUGCUCCAAAUAAAGAACAAGGCAAACUUCAAAUUAACACUGCGGAUAGAACAGUCAUUCCUCCAAUUCAACUGCUGGCCUACUAUCUUCGACAUCUUCCGACCCAUGAUCGAAACGUUUGAGAAAGAAGGCGCGGAUGUAAGACUGCUUCUCGUCUACGCCCAAGACCUGACACCGAAGAUGGAGUUUGAUAUGCUUCCCGCGUUGAAGGAUCCCGAGUCUAACUGGAGAGAAGAAGCCGCCCGUUACUUCGACAGCGACUACCGCGUACGCGAGCAUCAUAAACAUUACCGCAUCGAAAAUGACGCAGACUAUGAUCCAGAGAGCCUAAAAGACAUGUACUACAGCGACGAUGCCUAUCAGUCAGACGAUAACCAGGAAAUUGACUGGGACCCUGGUUACGAUGGAAUCAACGAUGAUGGCUCCACGUGGGAAAUUAUGGACGGGAGGAGACCUCCUCGUUCGCCUUCUCCAUCGCCGGCACGUUUUUUUGGAACUGUGUUUAGAGGGGAUGAGAUCGAAGAGGGGUUUUAG